GUGAACGUGACUUUUAGUUUAGAAUUCGCGACGUACGUGAUCUGGGGCGCGAUGCGCUGGCCUGGUGGUAUUUACUUCGGACUCAACGUCUACAGGCACGGAGAGAAAGAAGGAAAGAUAGAAAUGAACUGCAGCGGCUUCGACCAUGUCUGUUAUUUUCUCUGCUCGAUAGCCUCCUGAACGGAGGAGUCUAGUCGACAGGGGUGAAUCGGAAAGAAAGGCAAUAGUUAUGGAGGCGAAGUUACCGGAGAGUGUCAGGAUUCCUGCCAGCGCCUGUAGUUCACCCAAAAGGUUCGAUGGCAGUGCGGAGCGAGAUGCUGAGAGUGAAGGGCCACCGAGAAAGCGCGCACGUUGGGAAGGGGAUUUACGGAAUAACACAAUCGCCAAAGGCGCUUCCUCGUUGGCUCUGCGUGCCCUUGAUUUUUCCCUCACGAUAGCGCCAAGAUGUGAAUCCCUUAUUGUCCGUAGUGACUCAGAUGCUGGUGACCUGAAGGUGGAAGGAGUGGAAUCACUAGUGAUGACAUUGGCUCUACUAGUGCUGAAACAGAGCGACGCGACUCUAACUGCCAUCGUGGAUGAUGUGAAAAGGCCAGCAUCGACGCCGCUCGGUUCGGCAACGCGACUGGAAUCGACUGGGAAUCCUGGAAACGAUCCUGCUGGGAGCUCCGUUCCACGCACUCUGACCGUGCAGGCAAUGUCGACGGCUACUGCUGCAGCGCAGGCAGCUGUGAACACUACUUUCAACGGCGACCCUGAGUUGAUGUGCCGACUGUGCAGCGAUUUUCUAUGCGCGCCAACCACACUGCACUGUGGUCAUACGUUCUGUUCGAAAUGUCUGGACCGUCACUGGAGUAAAGAGUUGCCCAAUGCCAACAAAGUCUUGUUAGAGCAAGCAGUGGGUGCUCAGCUUGAUGGAGGUGUACGAAAUCAGGACAUGGUGAGCGUGGUGGUGUGCCCUGCAUUCGAAUGCGACAUCCAGUUUCACAGGCCCCAUUUCGACACCAACACAAAGCUGUCCGCCUGGCUUGAGGCAUGGUUUCCAAAGCUUUCGCGCUGUGUGCAAUGUCGCUGGAAAGCCGAGGCCCUGGUGUCUAGAAAUCAUUAUGCUGAAGCUCUUCUGGAACUUGAUGAAGGCCUAAAGAUCGAUCCUAGUCACUAUUCCUUACGCAAGCUUCGGGCGCAGGCGCUUGUCCAGCUGGGCAAAAUUUCAUCAGCAAUUGAUGAUGCCAACCAAUGUUGCAAGGAUCAGCCGCACCUGGCUGAGGCAUUCUCCAGCAGGGCAGCCAUUCGGAUGGAGUCUGGGCUGUACUCUGAUGCUGUCUCCGACUACCUGCGCAGUGCUGGCUUGCAGGGAUCAUUAGAUGAUGUCCUGAAGGCCCGGUUGAUGACUUGUUUGGAACAUCUCAUCAUCAAUCAAUGCUGUGCUGAAGACAAGAUCUCCAUGGGAAAGCUGAUUCCUUGCCUGUAUGGAGCAGUGGAAUCAGCGUUGCAGAAGCUGCCCGCGACGAGCAUACCGCAAUCCGAGCCCAGUAGUGCUGUUACGAAAACGGAUGCGGAACCAUCUUCGGACCAUGACCCUGACGACUUCACCUGUCCAGUGUGCCUGAACUUGCUCUAUCAACCGGUCACGCAGUCGUGUGGCCACAUGCUUUGUCGGCCCUGUAUCGAGCGUUGUUUUGACAACGAGCUGAAUUGUCCGUCGUGCCGUCAGCCCAAUCUGUCCACCCACUGGGAUGUUUUGCUGGCCACAACCCGUGUUGCGGAGCACUUGCUCAUGACCUAUGCAAAAGAUCAGUACUUGGAAAGGAAAGAGCAGCACGACUCGCUGGUGGCAUCGUCCGUGUCCGGAGGUGGACAAGGACUCAAGAUGCCGAUCUUCAUCUGUGUCAUGGCCAUGCCGUUUGCCAAGAUGACGCUCACAAUCUACGAGCCGCAGUACCUGCUGAUGAUACGCCGGUGCUACGAAAGCAGAGAGCGACAUUUCGGCAUGGUGAUCCCGAAGCGCAGCGGCAACAUUGAAACACUACAGACACACCGUGGAUACCAGGAUUGGGGCACGGAACUGAUCAUCACUGCAAUCAAGCAUACCAAAAGCAGACAGCUGCUGGUCUCCUUGCGUGCUGGCCGCCGUUUCCGAGUGCUGGAUCGAGAAAUGAAGGACGGCUACAACAUGGCCACUGUCGAGUGGCUUUCCGAUACCAAGGAAACCGGUGAGGAAGCAACACGAGUGUUAGACCUUCACAACUCAGUAUAUGCAACUGCGAAAGCGUUCUUCACAAGUCCGGAUGCAGUCAGAACAAUGCUCGAGACUAUGCUAGGUGCGUUUCCAGAGGUAGCCGGCAGCUUGGAGAGCAUUCCGGAGUCUGAUGACGGCCCAGCAUGGGUUUGGCACUGCUUGCAACACCUGCCGCUCAGCGAAGCCAGAAAAGAGCAAAUGUGCCAGAGCACGUCACUGACGGAACGUCUUCGUCUCCUGGCUGCCUAUUUCAACGAGAACUCGUCCGACAGUGCCAAGCAGAGCUUUCUCUAUUACUUGUACUUGAAACGGAGCGGUCACUGACCGGUACUGCGUGGAUGUGCCGGCUGAUGCGCUGUCUCAGCAUCAGUUACAGUGGACCGCUGCUGCCGAACCCACUCCCCAAGUUGUAGUGGUAUUGAUAGUAUUUACUUGAAUUGCAUCACCCAACCAACUACUGCUGUUGUUUUCUAGUGUGAACCGUCCACUUGUCAUUGGAUGUUGAAUAUUUGCACCCAUGCCGCCCUAUCAUGGAUUACUUUGAUUGUGCUACGUAAGUUCCAGAUGUUGACGGUUGGCAUACCGCCUUGAAGAGCAGUCUCUGUUAUGGAUCUUGGAUCAUCAUCUAGUAGUAGUACUUGAGGUUUUGAGGGUUAGAUCUGUAUUAAAAUUUUAUUCUCAAUUCGUUAACUUAUUAUUCAAUGCGAAUACCAAGCGUCUCCGUCCUUAAUAUCGUGGUCGAUCUCAAUCAAUUUGGCAGAUCUUCAUUUCCACGUGAUAAAUUAUGAGUUUUCUACCAGAAAUACCUGGACACGCUUCA